AAUAUUCCCCCCAAGCUCUCUUCUUCCACUCCACUUUCCCCGCCGCCAUGUCGCCAUCCGCCGCCGAAUACGGCGGAAGCCGCCAGAAAUAUCCGGAGGAGAUCAACGGUUUCCGCAAUGGCGCCGACGACACUUCCACCGAAAGGUCUGUUCCUUCCGCCGCGUCGUCAAGCGCCUGUUCACUGCGCAGCAGCAUCGUCGACGCGAUUCCGCCGAAGGAACUGGCGAAGCUUCGGAGAAUCCUCGUUGCUUCGGCGAAGGGUUUCUCGAUCGGAGCUGGCCUCAAGGGCGGUCUCGCUCUCUUCGCGAUCUUGGCGCGAUUCACGCGGAAAAAACCGCCAAGGAAGAAGGUUGUGGUGACGAACGGCGAAGCGAUUGUUGCUUCUCUGAAGGAGACUCUGAGAUAUGGUCUAUUUCUUGGCACCUUCGCUGGAACGUUUGUGUCGAUGGACGAGCUUAUAGGUGCUUUCGGAGGUCACCGAAGGACAGCGAGAUGGAGGGCUCUAUUGGCAGGCGCGGUUGCUGGGUCAUCGAUGCUUCUAACAGGGUUAGAGACACAGCACACGAGCUUGGCCAUUUACAUUCUCAUGCGUGCUGCUGUCUUGGCAUCUCGUUGUGGGAUUAAGAGCAAACGGUUUGGGAGAAUUUGUAAGCCUCUCACAUGGAAGCACGGUGACAUUUUGCUUAUGUGUCUCUCCUCUUCCCAAAUAUUGUCUGCUUAUAUAUUAAAGCAAGAGAGUUUGCCAGCUUCAUAUAAAUCCUUUCUCAAUAAACAUGGUGGAAAGGACCCAGUUAUCUUACAAGGUGUAAAAGAUAUAGCCAGUGGCAAGCCUUUUACAAAUUUGGAUGCAAUAGAGAAAUACUACAGGACCAUGGGCGUCAAUGUGAAAUUAAAUCCAAAUAUGAAAGUCCCAUGCUCGAUUGUACAUGGGAAUCAAUCAUGUGGUGGACAUGCCCUUUCUUUUCUCCUUCAAGCCUACAAAAGAGCAUUACCUGUUUAUCUUCCAGUUUAUCUGAUACCUGCACUAAUAGUUCAUAGAAAUGGGCUUUUAAAAAGGCCCUACACGAUCUUGGCCAAGGGUCUUGUUGGCACUGCAAGAUCAAGCUUGUUUCUGUCUGCUUAUUGCGCAUCUGCCUGGAUGUGGACUUGCUUCCUGUUCAGGAUCUUCAAAAGAUGUAACGUUCCAAUGGUGGCCAUGGGAACGUUCCCAACUGGCCUUGGAUUGGCUAUUGAGAAGAAAAGUAGGCGAAUGGAGAUAUCCUUAUACUGCUUUGCCCGUGCUAUUGAGAGUUUCUUCACAUGCAUGGCUGAUGCAGGAUAUCUCCCACAGUCAAGAACGAUCAAGAGAGCUGACGUAGUGGUUUUCAGCUUGUCAACAGCCAUCAUAAUGCACUGCUAUGCACAGGAGAGGGAAGUUUUUAGAUCCAAAUAUUUGAAUGUUCUUGAUUGGGUCUUUGGUGUACCUCCUCCUCCAUGUGAAACCCCACGAUGCAAAGAUAGAUAGGCGCAAGUGCUAGCCCAGCAGGGUAUUUUAUCUGCAAAAAUUGCCUUUGACUUUGUGGUACAUAAAUGAGGUUGCUUUCUCAAAGUGAUUGGUGGUCUGGGAACCUGAGCAGGGAACUAGAACGAUUACUUGAACUCAUGAUAAUAGUCCCAGAAGCAUUCUGUAAACUCACGAAGAUUGAAGGCGUUUCUGCUGAUUAUUGCUGCAUGAUACUUUUCAAGCGAGGAGCACACCAGCUAACGUUAUGCAUAAGAGCUCUGAUCUUAUUCACCACACGAAUGACAAUUACUAACACCACCAAUCUUCAACUUAUCAGCAUUCUGAGUCUGCCUCCAGCCACACCUUAACAUAUCCUUUGUCUCCUCAACAACUUGAAGAUCAUUUAAAAAAAUGGGCUUUUUAACCCUUUAAUUUGAUUUUUGUUAUAUUAUUUAUUGUAAUGAGGCUAUAUUUUUUUUUGUCCAAACAAAUUGUAUGUCACGGGGCGACCUUUAGCUGAUAUUUGCAGGCGGCAUAUGAAGAAUAAGUAAUACCCUCGUUCCUGUUUUUUCGGGAAAUAUUUUGUUUCCACAAAAUAAAAUUAUC